AUGCCGGAACGAGUGCAUACGCGAUUUGACGAUUCCGACGACGACAAGCCUGCCACCACCAACAGCAACAGCAACAGCAACAAGCAGCCAGAGCUGAAGAAGCAAGACCACCACAUAUCUUCUGAUAAAAAACAUCAGGAGCCGGCGAAUAAUAAUAAAAAGUCCAAAUCGGCAAGCAGCAAAAAGCGCAAGAGAGAUGUACAACCGGAGGAAAAUUCGGAAGAACAACAGCAGCAGCAACAGCGAAUAAUUCCAGAAUCCGUGGUGGUGCCUUUGCGAUCGUCCGAGAAGUCUGCUCACAAAUUUACCAAUGAUGGCAAAUCUACGAAUGAUAGCGACAAGAGGAAAUGGACGAACAAUAGCAAAAAACCUGCGCGACCACAAUCGAAUAAUCAACCUUCGUUUUCAUCGCUUCGAGAAAAAGCAAACGCCUUGUACACGACCCGCAAAACGUUGCCAAUUUUCGCCCACGCAGAUGAGAUUCGUCAACAGCUAAAAGGAAACAACAAUGUCAUGCUACUUGUCGGUGAGACUGGAAGCGGUAAAAGUACACAGGUGCCUCAGUUUUUAGCGGACGAGGCGUUUUGUCAGCCAAAAAAGGUCAAGAUAAUAAACCAGGAGGAUGGCAGCACCAAGAAGGAAAUCACAGUUGGCGGGUGCAUUGCAAUCACCCAACCCAGACGAGUCGCGGCGAUUUCGUUGGCUAGACGAGUUGCUGAAGAAAUGGGUACGCCUUUGGGGAAAUCGUCGCCGGCGAGUAGAGUGGGAUACUCGGUUCGUUUCGAUACAUCGACAUCGCCAAGCACAAAAGUCAAGUUCCUCACGGACGGGAUGUUGCUGCAGGAAAUGCUUCAUGAUCCUUGGUUAACAAAGUAUAGUGUUGUGGUUGUCGAUGAAGUUCACGAAAGAGGGGUCAACGUUGAUUUGGUGCUCGGGUUUUUGAGGAAAAUUCUUGCUAGCAAGAACGAGGGCCGGGGAGGCAUUCCGUUGAAAGUUAUUGCAAUGAGUGCCACAGCUGAUAUGGAAAGUCUGCAAGACUUUUUUGGUCAUGAUCGAGACCAGGCCAAAAUCACAAGCACAGACACCAGCAACCAGAAUACUCAGGACAGCCAAAUCUCGGUCUGCCAUAUCAAGGGUCGACAGUUCCCUGUUGAGACGAUAUACUCUCCAGAACCCGUCCAUGACUUUUUAGAUGCGGCUCUCAAGACCAUUUUCACCAUUCAUGUCAAAGAACCAAUGCCAGGAGACAUCCUGGUUUUCCUUACCGGCCAAGAAACGGUAGAGAAUCUGGAAAAUCUCAUAAAUGAAUACGCCAUUGGAAUAGACCCGUCAUUACCAAAAGUUCUUGUUUUACCCUUGUUCGCUGCACUUCCCCAGGCUGCUCAGCAACGUGUCUUUGCGCCGGCACCGCCUCGAACAAGAAAAAUCAUCCUGGCCACCAAUAUUGCCGAGACGUCCGUCACUGUUUCCGGUGUUCGUUUCGUGGUCGACUGCGGGAAAGCCAAAAUGAAACAAUUCCGUUCUCGACUUGGUCUUGACUCGCUGUUGGUGAAGCCAAUUUCCAAGUCGGCUGCAAUCCAGCGAAAGGGACGAGCUGGCCGAGAAGCUCCGGGAAAGUGCUAUCGACUAUAUACGGAAGCAGACUAUUUAACACUGGACGAGACCAACACGCCUGAAAUUUUGCGCUGUGAUCUGAGCCAGAGUCUUUUGACCAUGAAAGCCCGCGGCGUUGACGAUAUCAUGAAUUUCCCCUUUUUGACACGACCUCCGCGAGAAGCUCUAGAACAGGCUCUACUCCAGCUACUCAAUAUUCAAGCUCUGGACGAAACGGGCAAGGUCAGCGAGACUGGAUUGCAUAUUGCAAAACUGCCGCUCACUCCGCCAUUGGGUAGAGUGCUUUUGGAAGCCGCCGGCCAUAGUCAGGGUUGCCUGCUAGAUGUGAUUGAUGUUAUUUCGUGUCUGAGCGUUGAGAAUAUUUUCUUGAAUAUCAACUCCGAGGAAAAAAAGGAACAAGCAGAACAGGCUCGUCGGGAUCUUUACCGGAGAGAGGGUGAUCAUCUCACUAUGCUAGCCACAGUUCAGGGUUAUGCAGCAGAUAACACGGACCGAAAGGCUUGGGCUGAGCGGCAUAUGGUUUCCCAUCGAGCAAUGCAAUCUGUCAUGGACGUCCGCAAGCAGCUCACUACCCAGUGCAAAAAUGCCAAGCUCCUUCACGAAUCCAACGAAAACCGUCCCCCUUGUGAUGCACUAUCAGCGGUACCCGUUCUCAAAAGCUUUCUUACAGGGUUCGGAACAAACACUGCUCGUCUUGUUCCCGACGGGUCGUAUCGAACCAUUGUCGGCAACCAGACGGUGGCUAUUCACCCAUCGAGCGUGUUGUUUGGGAAGAGGGUUGAGGCAAUUCUGUAUAAUGAGUUUGUCUUUACUAAUCGUAGCUAUGCGAGAGGUGUCAGUGCCGUGCAGACGGAUUGGGUUGGUGAGGUAUUGGGUCGAUAG